ACGAAAAUUUUUAAUCUGAAGUUAAUUAAUAAUUCUUUUAAUUUAAACAAUAUGUCUGGAGAUGUUCAGCAGAAAAAAAUUGCAGAGGGGAAGGCGCAUGUUCAGGCCGCUGAGAAAUACAUGAAAACUUCUUUUUUCAAGUGGAAACCAGACUUAGAUAGUGCUGCUUCAGAGUACACAAAAGCAGCCACAUGUUUCAGAAAUGCAAAAGCAUUUGCAGAGGCAAAGGAUGCCUAUCUUAAAGCUGCUGAUAUAUACAAACAGAUGAAUUCUAUAUUUCAUGCAGCCAAGAUGAUGGAACAGGCAGGUCUAUUAUGUAAAGAGUUCAAGGAUGUUGAAGGCUGUGUAAAUUUGUUGGAGCGGGCAGCUGAUCUUUUUCAUCAAAAUGGAACAGCAGACACUGCAGCAUUGACUUUAGACAGAGCAGCCAAAACUAUAGAGAUGAACUAUCCAGGGAAAGCAGCUGAGUUAUAUGACAAAGCUUGUAGUAUAUCAGAGCUGGAGGACAAAUCCAGACAGUGUGCCGAGUUUGCAGGAAAAGCAGGGAGAUUAUUUGUCAGGGCAGAAAAAUAUGAUUUAGCAAUUGAAGCUUUAAAAAGAGAGAUUGAAUUUCAUCACCAAACAGAGAACUUUCCUAUGAUAAACAGAGUUAUACUAGGAAUAGUUUUGGUGUAUCUUCAAUAUGGCGAUCCAGUGGCUGCUGAGAACUUUUUCACAACAGCAUCAAACAAGGGAACAGGAGAGGAUGAGUUUAUUCAGGGGGCAGAUGAAUUAAUUCGAGCGUAUAAUGAUGGAGAUGAAGAUGAAGCCAGAAUUAUACUGUCAAGACCCUUUGUUAAAUUUAUGGACAAUUGUUUUGCAAAGAUAGCCCGAGGACUUGUCAUUCCUGCAGGAGGAAGUGGCAGGGUUGGUGUGGUCAAGAAUGAAUCACCCAAUGAAAACACAUCAGGUCAAGGGGCACAGCUAGCAGAUGAUGAAUUGGAAGAGGGAGGGCUGUGUUGAUAAGACUAGCCUUUGGAAAAGUCACAUAUGAUUCCAAACUCUACACUUUCUUUUUGCUGAGUAUAUGCAAAUCAGUACUUAUAAAUAAUACAUCAUUAUACAUAUAGUUGUAUCAUUUUGAUACAAAUGGAAGUGUUUAUUUUAAUGUUAUUUUGUUGAUAGCUUGUAUGUGUUUUGUAGUUGUGUGAUUUUCCAGAAACAUUUGUUUCUAUACGAAGGUUCCUCAGUGAUACACUGUAAUUGUUUGAUAGGUCAUUACAUGUAUAAUGAUUCCUAUUUACUUAAUGUGUAUGAUGGUUAUGACAUAACUAGUAGAACAGAAUAACUGGUUGGUUGGU